AUGUCGAAGCAGUACGAGCAACUCCGGGAAACGCAGGACAUCGUCCUCCCGCCCCGGUCAUACCUCCCGCCGCUCGAGCCGACCCAGCUCCCCAAGGCCUACCACCCCGACUCGCCCGUCGCGCGCGCCGCAGAGGGCGCCAUAUUCGGCGGCGGUGUUGGACUGUUCUCUUCGUCGGUUGCGAACGCGCUGCAGACGCACAACAAGGGCGCAAUGGGUGUCUUCACGCGGACUGGCUGGAUGAUCCCCGUCUUCGGCACUGUCGGCGCAACACUCGGCUUCACCAACGCAGCGGUUGCCAACGCCAUCGAGUCGCACGACAAUGGCGUUGCGGGCGCGGCGGGCGGCGCAGCAGCCGGCUUCUUCCUCGGCCUCUACCACCGCUCUCUCCCCGCCGCCUUCGGCCUCGCGCUCUUCACCGGCGCGAUCUACGGCACGAUCGACCUCGUUGGUGGUUUUGGCGCAGAUGCAGGAAGGAGGGGAGCGUUGUCUCGGCCGGAGCGGGAGCAGGACCGCCUGUCCUACCUCAAGAAGCGGGACUCGAUGGACGCAUGA